GAGUUAUGUAAUUUUUGGUAGAAGAAUGCGUUACCAUAACCUAACAUUUUUGAAAAUUAAGAGUGCGUGAAUAGGAAAAACAUUUCCUACAAGCAUGAAACCAGCAAUUGCAGCUGAUGAAAUGUUUCCAGAUGGCGCAGGCCCAUAUAUGGAAUUUGACGAGGCUGGAGGGUCUGCAUCGUUGUUAAUAGAUUUAACUACCAAUGAAAAGGCAGUACAUGCAGAUUUUUUUAACGAUUUCGAGGAUUUGUAUGAUGAUGAAGACCUGCAAUAAUCUAAAUAAUGCACACAUAAGCUUAAUCAUACAUAGAAUUUUAUUUGGAAAAGGAACUGUAAAUUCCAGUAGUUCUUUUUUCUGAAUGAAAGUAGUUUUUGCAA